UUUCUUUCUUUUUUUAAUUUUAUGGGAAUGUGACGUUCUAUUUAUUUUUAUAUUUAUCCAAAUAUUUUUAGUAGUGAUAAAAAAUAUUUAUGUUUAUUUCUAUAUUUCAUUAAUUUGUCUUAUGUUAUACUUAAUUCCUGUAUUUCUGUAUUUCUGUAUUUCACAUAUUUCAUUAAAAUAUUUCAUUCGUAUUUGAUGAAGUUUGAAUACGUAUUGCAUUCAAUAAGACACUAUUUCAAUCUUUUAUUGCAUUGAUCAUCACGAGGGAUCUUAUCAAUAUACCAUGCAGAAUAGUUACAUUAUCGAGCCUCAGAAUGAUUCAGUAUUCGCAACAGCAUCUCAUGUACAUCAGGAGGAAAUGCAGAAUAAUAAGAGAGCAAAUGAAAAUACCUGCUUGACACCCAAUAACAAUCAGACGUACUUUGCUGAUGAAAAAGUUCACAUACCAGAAACAGAAAAUGGUUUCUUUAGUUUUAGAAAAUUAUGGGCUUUCACAGGUCCUGGAUUCUUAAUGUCCAUAGCUUAUUUAGAUCCUGGAAAUAUUGAAUCUGAUUUGCAAUCUGGCGUAGCUGCCAAAUAUAAGUUAUUAUGGGUAUUGUUAAGUGCAACCAUUCUUGGUCUUAUUAUGCAAAGAUUAAGUGCAAGGCUUGGUGUGGUAACAGGUUUGCAUUUAGCAGAAAUGUGUUACAGACAAUAUAAAAAAGUACCCAGAAUGAUUUUAUGGAUAAUGAUAGAAAUAGCCAUAAUUGGCAGUGACAUGCAAGAAGUAAUAGGGACAGCUAUUGCUUUAUCUUUAUUAACAAAUAAAGUGAUUCCUAUAUGGGGUGGUGUUCUUAUUACGAUAGUUGACACUUUUACAUUUUUAUUAUUGGACAAAUAUGGCUUAAGGAAAUUAGAACUCUUUUUUGGAUUUCUUAUUACAGUAAUGGCUGUCACAUUUGGAUAUGAGUACGUUGUUUCUGCUCCACCUCAAAAUGAAGUGAUAAGUGGAAUGUUUAUACCUUGGUAUAAAGAUUAUGAUAGAAAUAUGUUGUUACAAGCUGUAGGAAUUGUUGGCGCAGUUAUCAUGCCACAUAACUUAUAUCUUCACAGUGCUCUUGUUAAAUCAAGAGACAUUGACCGUAAAGAAUCCAAAAAAGUGAAUGAGGCAAAUAUGUAUUACUUCAUUGAGGCAUGCAUUGCACUUCUGGUAUCUUUUAUAAUUAACGUAUUUGUUGUCGCGGUGUUUGCGGAUGGUCUUUUUAACAAGACUAGUUUAGAAGUUUACAAUCUGUGUGAGGCUAACAAUUAUACCAUAGGAAUGGAUACAUUUAAGAAAGAGAAUACAACCAUCUCAGUAGACCUUAACAAAGGUGGCAUAUUUUUGGGCUGUGCUUUUGGUGCAGCAGCAAUGUAUAUUUGGGCUGUCGGUAUUUUUGCUGCUGGCCAAUCUUCCACGAUGACAGGAACGUAUGCCGGACAAUUUGCAAUGGAAGGAUUUUUAAAUCUUCAGUGGGCUCGUUGGAAGCGAGUACUUUUUACGCGAAUGAUCGCUAUCAUUCCAACCUUCCUUGUCGCAUUCUUUAGUGACAUCGAUAAUUUAACUGGCAUGAAUGAUAUUUUGAACGCAAUUAUGACUCUUCAGUUACCUUUUGCAACCCUGCCAACGAUAGCAUUUACCAGUAGUCCUAAAAUUAUGGGUACAUUUCGAAACGGAUUAACUAAUAAAAUUGUUGCGACAGCAUUAUCCGCUGUUGUAAUAGCUAUAAAUAUAUAUUUUGUAAUAAAUACUGUUCAAGAUGAUUUGCCACAUCACUGGGCAGUAAUAGUUGCAAUUACAAUAUAUUCUAUUUUAUAUCUUCUAUUUUGUCUUUAUUUGACCAUUCAUAUGGCUGUGAGUAUGGGCGCGACUUCUCUUGGUAACCAUUGGUUCGUAAAAAGAUAUAUUGGAAGUCCUGUAAGUACAACACUUGGAUUAUCAAAUCCUGCAAUAUAUGCAAGGUCUAAUCCGGCAUUUAACAUCCAAGAAAAUUGGUCUGAAAGCUUUAACUCGAUACCGGAAUACUGAUAUGACAAAUAAAACGUGGUAAAUAGUAUUCAAUACUCAUGGGUUGCAUUCUCAUAGAGUUAGCAUCAUAGAUUUUAAGAUUUUAUAGAAUUGAAAAUGAUAACUUCCUAUAAAAUAUACUCACCAAAUUGUUUUCUAAAAUUAGGGUUUUAACAUGUAAAAUAAGCAAAGCUCGUUAAUAGCAGAAAAAUACGUGAUGAUCGUAUAUUUGUAUAUAUAUAUAUAUAUAUAUAAUUUUAUUAAAUAAAUUAAAGUCAUAUAUAUUGUAUAUAAAAGAGGCUUGUACAAAAUAUAAUAAAAAUUAAAAAUCUUAAUAUGUAAAUGAUAUGUAAACUAUAGGGAUUAUGAUAUCUAAAAAAGAGAAUUAAUAAAAGUGCUAAAGUGAUGAUUAAAA